UUUUUGACCGCAUCAGUAAUGCAUAGGCAUAGCUCACAGUAUUUUAACCGAACCAGGGUUAGCCUAACCCAACCAUGAUUUAACCCCACUACUUCCCUGCUGUUUAUAUACCGACUGAAAGAAACCGCUGCCCUCAUCCAUCAUCCAGAAAGAAAAUCAACGCAACUGAAAAUCACCCCACGAAAAAAUGAUGAUCGGAGAGCGAAACCACCCAAACCCAGUUGUCCACGUUCCUCCAUGGCCGGCGUCAUUCGCCGAUGAUCAAACGGCCGAUGUUUCUAUGACCUUGAGCCCUAAUGCCAAUGCUCACUCUAGCCCCAGCUUCGAUGACUACUCCUUUUGCCUCCAGACCGAUGUUCUCACGGCCCUCCAACGUUUUCUGCCGUCCAACCUUAAAACAAACUUGACUGAUCUUGUACUGGAGGAUCUCGACGCCGCUGAAAACGACGACGGUUUCGGGAAAGACUUGGAUCUUCCGGUGGACGCCUACUCAUGCGAUCACUUCCGCAUGUUCGAGUUUAAAGUGAGGAAGUGCAUGCGUGGCAGGUCGCAUGACUGGACCGAGUGUCCGUACGCUCAUCCGGGAGAAAAAGCUCGCCGGAGGGACCCGCGCAAGUAUCAUUAUUCCGGCACUGCAUGCCCGGAUUUUCGUAAGGGGAGCUGUAAGAAAGGUGACGCUUGCGAGUUCGCACACGGCGUAUUUGAGUGCUGGCUCCACCCUGCUCGCUAUCGUACGCAGCCAUGCAAGGAUGGGCUUAAUUGUAAGCGUAGGGUGUGUUUCUUUGCUCACUCGCCGGAGCAACUGAGGGUUCUCAGCCCACGCGCUGAUUCGUACGACGGGUCUCCUCAUCGACUUGCUCUGGAGGCGUCUUUUGGCAAGGCGCUGCAGUUCAUGUCGUCGCCGGAAUCGGGCUCGCCGCCGUCCGAGUCGCCACCGAUGUCUCCGAUGACGACUUCCACCUCCAUGAGCUCUCUGAGUCGGUCCUUGGGUUCCAACUCGGUCAGUGAGAUCAUGGCGUCACUGCGUCAGCUGCAGCUGAAUAAGGUUCAGUCCGUGCCGUCUUCUUGGGCCUUGCAGGCGGGUGGCUCGGGAUCCGGGACGCCCAGGGCGGUCAUGACCCGGCCUGGUUCCUACAGCUUGCCAUCGACCCCGACGAGGACGGUGGGCCGGAACGGGAUGCGAUACUUUGACAACUGGGACAAGGGAGGGGGCGAAGAGGAGCCAAUGAUGGAGAGGGUGGAGUCCGGGAGGGAUUUGAGGGCCAAGAUAUUCCAGAAACUGAGCAAAGAGAAUCCCUUGGAUUGGGUGGAUCCGAAGCCGUCUGAUGCCCCCCCGAAUCCGGAUGUUGGGUGGGUGUCGGAUCUGAUCCAGUGAAGAGCUGGAGGUGGUCUGGACAUGAUGAAGCGUGUUGUUUUUGGGUAUUCAUUAGUAAUGAUUUUGUUGAUUUAAGGUGGGCUUUAGAUUUGGCGCCUCUCUCCCCAGCAUGUGACCGUAUAAUUUUUCGGGGAAGAGCGAAGCAGGGAAGGUUAAGAUGAAAAAAAAAAAAAAAAAAGAAUUCUGUACAUACAAGCGGUGGUAAUUACUAAUUAGUAGAAGUAUGAAAUAUAUAUAUAUAUAGUAAAGAGCAGUACCAAAAAUGGUGCUUGGCUUGGAGGGUGAUGAAGACUGGAGAGAGUAGGCAGAUUCUGUUGUCUUGGGUGGAAAGAAAGAUUGGGUGGUGUUUUUGGGCUGCUCAUCAAAACUGCCAAGAAGGGACUGGGUAGCACUUUAAGCGGACAGACUAACAGCAGCUGAAGAAGAUUGUUGUGUUAUUUAACUUAUUCCGGGUUUUUAUUAUUAUUAUUAUUAUAUUAUAUAAAUUGUGAUGAAAGUUGGUAUCGUGGGAUGAUAUGUAAGUAAAUUUGUAUGUAUUUCCCCAUUCCAUAAAAUGUCACUCCACUCCGUACUGUAAAUAUGGACGGACGAGCCAAGUCUCUCUAUGCUUUCUGUAAUUCCCCUAUGAAUGAAUGAUGAUCAAUAUGAUUAUCCCCGCGUGUAUUGCUGC